AUGGAACACGAGGAUAAUGCGCACUUCGACAAUUUCUUGCAAAAUCGCCUUGCGGAGAGUCUGCAAAACGCUGGCAGCGCCGGCAAUGCGGCAGACGUUGCUGCCGAGCUGGUGCCCAACAUUGGCCCCAAGUCUGUUGGCAGCAGCAGCGACGCAUACAUGUCGCUCGGCAUGGACUUGAGCCUGGGCAAUGGCGUUGGCAGCGCAGCCGGCUUCAGAGCAGCUGCUGCUGCUGCAGCUGCCGAAGAAGAAGAGGACGUCGAGGUGAUUAAGCAUGAUGGCGACUUUUCAAGCAACUCGAACACGACCACAACUUCAACCACGGGCGAAGUGGAGCCGCAGCCAAAGGAGGCGUCGCUGCCAAAAGCAGAGCAACUGCAGCCAGAUGACGCCGACGCAGAUGAGGAGGAUGAGCCAAGCUCCGUGGCAACCACCUACGGCACUAGCAGCCUCAGCGAACAACAACAAGAACCGGAACAACUAGCCAGCGAUGUACAAGCAGAGCAUUUCGAUAACAAGGAGAAUGUUCAUCCAACUGGUCAGGAGCCGUCUGGGCUAGAUUUGGAGCUGGAUCUGGAGCCGCACUCGCAACUAAAUCCCAAUGCUGUUGAAUUUGUGCCACACUUUGGCUCGCAGCCAGCUUCGCCGGCACCUGCCGAGCCACUGCAGACGCUGGGGCGCCAACUGUUGGCCGACGAUCUGGUCGCUGAGAGUCCACGCAAAGGCGCACGCGACUGCAACAUGGACACCAUUGCGCUGCCGGAUGAGUGCGAGUUCGACAAUGGAGCCGACAGGCGUCCGCACGAGCUGGAGCAGGAGGAUGACACGUUCCCCGGCGAAGCGGAUCUGACUACCGCCGAGCAGCUCCAGAAUGGCAGCGAGAUCUAUCAGCAGCUGGAGCAGCGCAUCGAUCAUGGUCCGGAGACCAGCGUUGACUUGGACGCCGACUUGGAUGCAAGCUUGGAGUUGCAGGAGUCACAUGAAGAUAACAACUUUGUGCCCACACAGCUACAAGACGACAUUAUGAAGCAAUCCAUUUACGGCGAAUCCAACUCGAAUGCCCCAAUUGAAGACAUAUUGAAUUCGGUGCAAACGUUGCCGCAGCAGACGCCAGGCGAGGAGCCGCUCAAGGAGAAGGAGCUGCUCAAUGUGGAGGAGAAGGAGCUUGUUUCCCAAUCACCCUCCAUUGAGGAGCUGCAUCAGCAGCAGCCACAUCAGCUGAUCGAUCCCAUGCAGGCCUCUUUCUAUUUGGAGCACACCUCCAGUGAUGCAUUCGCUCAACAGGAUCACGAUCAGGAGCAGAGUCUGCUGCUGGACACCAGUGCGCCCAUGUUCAGUCCGGAUUCGCCCGAACACGAAGAAGCGGCUGCAACAGCCACGACCACCACGCUUGAGCUUCAGCCAGAGCAAGCAGACAUUGUGGACAUAACACCGUCACCUCUGUCCUCCUCCACCGAGGAGAAACACCUUGUCGAAGAAACAAAGGAGCAGCAGCAGGAGCCACUCUUGUUGUCGGACGACUUGGACAAUCAUUUCAAUGCCGGUGCUCCGCCCCAGCAGCGUCUCUUCCAGGAGGAGCUGCAACAGGUUGCGGAGGAACCAGCUUUCAAACAAGAAACACAAGCAAACUACGACGAACUGAAACUUCAGGAUGAACUCAUCGAGGAGGUGUCAUAUUCGCAACCUCUCAACACCGAGCCCGCACCCUACACAAAUGGUCUGGCCAGCAUUGAGACACCAGAGCCAACACCCGAAGCACACAAUGAGGAAGCGUCAAAGCCCGUGGCCGACACUGAGCCGCUUGUGGAUCAGCCGAUCGUACCGGAGCCAGUUGUGGAACAGAUUGCUGAGCCUGUGCAGCAGGAGGAGACAUCUGCUGUGUUGCCCAGUGAGCCCAGCGAGCCAGCUGCCGCUGAGGAGCCAGCCGAGGUGGCACCAGUGGCUGAUCCCAAGAUCAAGGCCAGCCCCACUGAUGCAGCCAAGAAGCCGGCCGGCAAGACUGCAACAACUGCAGCAACCGGCGCAGCAAGCAAGGCGAAGCCGUCGCCCGCUGCAAUUACCAAGAAGAGCACAGUGGGUGCCACAGCAGCUGCUGCGUCCAAGCCGGCCGCAGCACGCCCACGCACCGCUCCGGCUGCUGGCGCAGCCAAAACAGGCUCUUCCACAACAACAGCAACAACUACAACGACAACAACUGCAGCCAAGGCGGGCAGCACAACCGCACGCAAGCCGCUAACGGCCAGCAAUGCAGCUGGCAAGCCGGCACCGCGUUCCACCAGCAGCACGCUGGCCGGCGCACGCCCGGGCACAGCACCGGUCAGCAAGACCGCCAGCAGCCUGAGCAAGACCGCUGCCAAGCCGGCAACAACAGCCGCUGCACGCAGCACCACCAGCACCGCAAGCACAGUUCGCAAGUCAGCAACCAGCACGAACAGCAACGGCACCACAGGCACGGCCACAGCCACAGCCACCAAGUCGCGGCUGCAGGUGACGGCCAGCAAGUCGGCUACCACCAGCAGCAGCACUGGCUCCACCACACUGGCUGCCAAGCCGAAGACGCUUUCGCCGCGCAGCACCUUGUCUUCGACGCUGCGCAAAACGGCGCCAGCCACUGGCACUUUGUCGGGUACGCGCAGUCCCACUAAACCGCUGGCCAAUGGCGCGACCAAGCCCAGCACAACUACCAGCAGCAUUGGCAGCAGCACCAGCAGCACGCGCCGCACCCAGCUGUCCGCGGGCAGCGGUGCUGCCGUCGCCCAGCGCAAGUCGUCGCCGCUGAAGAAUGCUUCCAGCAGCUCGCCGUUGAAACCGAAAGCCAAAGAAACCGCUAAAACGUCACCAGCUGCUGGCAUGAAAAUCAAGCGACCCACAACAGGCACCACACCGGCCAAGGCAGCAGCUGUUGCAGCAGCACCAGGAGCACCGGAAGCAGCACCAGAGGCACCGCCAGCAGCCGAGACUGAAGCAACAGCUACUGCUGCCAAUGGCAUAAACGAACUGGAACAGAAUGGAAAUGGUUUGCACGAUGCUCUGGAGGCGGCGCAAGAGGCGCUGCCCAAUUUGGAGCAACAGCAGCAAAAUCCGGAGGUGGCACUGCUAGAUUUCUAG